UCUCAUCUGUUGGACUCAGGGAUUAGUGGCCACAUGACUAGUCAGCCUUCACGGUCGCUGGAGUGUGUUUCAUUAUUCAGGCUCUCCCGGUUUGGAGCAGGGCAGGGGCAUUCAUUCGAAGCAAUUUUAUUUAAUUUGAACAACCGACUUCGAAUUAUAUAAAAUCACGUAAACUUUCUUUAAAUUAUUUGCAUGGUCGAGGCUCUUUCUGUUAGCGCGUAGCCUAUCUCUCGAUUGGGUAAAGAAAGGAGCGCGUAAUCCAUUUCAGCCAUGGCGCAGGGCAUAACCGGAGAGAAGUAUUGGGAGGAUAGAGUAGCCUUCGAAACAGAAGGAGCAGGUCAAGAAGUUGUAGAAUAUGGUGAUGUUUUGGAGCUUAAUCGAUUUGACGGACUACCCUACUCCUCUCGAUAUUACACAUUACUGAAGGAAAGGAUGGAUCUGCCAGUUUGGAAAGCCAAGUGUGAUUUCAUGGACAAGCUGGCCAACAGGCAGUUUAUUAUUGUCUCUGGCACGGCAAGAACUGGCAGAAGCUCUCAGUGGGGAGUACUGAACCGGUGCACACUUCAGGAGAAAAGAGAGAUGUUCAAACUGAUCCCCCAGUGGUGUGCAGAGUUCUGCCUGGCUGUCCAGUACCAGAAUGGCAUGGUGGUGUGCACCCAGGUCCACAGGCAACAUACAGUGGAUCUGGCCCUGCGUGUCGCUGAUGAGAUGGACGUCAACAUCGGCCAUGAAGUGGGCUACAGCAUCCCCCUAGAGACAUGCUGCUCUGGUGACACUGUUCUCAGGUACUGCACUGAUGACAUGCUGCUCAGAGAGAUGAUGUCAGACCCCAUGCUGGAGCACUACGGUGUCAUCGUCAUCGACCAAGCCCACGAGAGGACGGUCAGUACAGAUGUUCUACUGGGUCUUCUCAAAGACAUCACCCUGCAGAGGCCCGAGCUCCGUGUGGUGCUCCUCACAGCUACACACCCAGGACCCAAACUACUGGGCCACUACAAGAAUGUCCCACUGAUCCAGCUGGAGGGGGUAUGUUCAGCGGAGGUGGUGUAUACUGGUACCAGCCACAAGGACUACUUCUGCUCUGCCCUGCGUCUGGUUCUGGAGAUACACCACUCCCAAGAGGAAGGGGAUAUAGUCGUGUUUUUGGCCACAACUCAAGAGAUAGAUCUUGCCCGUGAUAUCCUCCUUCGCGAGGAGGCCAAUAUACCCACACAUCUAGGGGAACUUCUCCCUAUCUCGGUGCACCCUGGGCUGGGUGGAACUCUACCCAUGCCGGGUGAAGAGGAAGGCCGGUGCAGAAGAGUAUUCCUCACCUCCAGUCCAAAUGAAGACCUCUUUUGGGCUGUGCACAUGCUGAACUUUGUCAUUGAUGCCGGUGUCCAGAAAAGAAAUGUUUAUAACCCUAGGAUCAGGGCGAACUCAGUCGCCAUUCAACCUAUCAGUCGGAUCCAAGCAGAAAGCCGCAAACAGCUUGUAGGACCAACAGGGAAGACUUUUUGUCUGUACCCAGAGGACACACCCCUUCCCAGUGAAACACGCCCCCACAUCCUUGAGUCUGACAUCACAUCCACAGUGCUCUUCCUGAAGAGGAUGGACAUCGGCGGUCUGGGCCGCUGUGACUUUAUCGACAGGCCAGAUCCGGAGGGUCUGAUGCAGGCCUUGGAGGAACUGGACUAUCUAGCAGCCCUGGAUGACGAUGGGAACCUGUCGGAGAUCGGCAUCAUCAUGUCUGAGUUCCCCCUGGAGCCCCAGAUGGCCAAGACACUACUAGCCUCCUGCGAGUUUGACUGUGUCAACGAGGUGGUCACCAUCGCCGCCAUGCUGACAGCACCAAGCUGCUUUCUGGUCCCCUCAAGGGAGUUGAGGCUAGAGGCCUCUCAGUGUCACCUGAAGUUCCAGCACCCAGAGGGAGACCACUUCACCCUCAUCAACAUCUACAAGGCUUUCAAACAGAACCAGCAUGAGCCCUUUGUCAGUGUGGAGAAGUGGUGUCAGGACUACUUCCUGAGUCUGUCUGCCCUGCAGACGGCUGAUGCUAUCCGCUCUGAGCUGACUGACAUCCUGAGGAGGAUAGAGCUGCCUGUCUCCAUGCCUUCCUUUGGCUCCAAGGGAAACACUCUCAACAUUAAGAGAGCGCUGCUAGCUGGCUUCUUCAUGCAGGUGGCAAGGGAUGUGGAUUCAUCGGGGAAUUACUUCAUGUUGACACACAAGCACGUGGCCCAGAUCCACCCUUUCUCUGCCUACGGCACCAAGACACCCAAACUGGGCCUGCCGGAGUGGGUCCUCUUCCAUCAGUACUCCUUCUCAGAGGACAACUGCAUCCGCACCGUGUCCCACAUAUCCCCAGAGGAGUUCAUUCAGAUGGCUCCACAGUACUUCUUCUUCAACCUGCCUCCCAGCGAGAGCAAGGACAUCCUCCAGAACAUCUUAGACAAUGGAGCUGAACACUACAAAGCGAAGAAGCUUCAAAAGAGCCCCAGUCUAGAGAGCAUACCCGAAGUCACCGCCAGUUGUGUCAUACAGUGAUUGUGAAGGCCUUGGUUGAGAAUGUCUUGGAGGCAUAAACUCCCUACUCAUUCCCCGGUACUGUAUUAUAUGAUCCUUUUCACCAGUGUUACCUUUCAGUCUUCUCAUCACCAGUGUUACCUUUGAGUCUUCUCAUCACCAGUGUUACCUUUGAGUCAUUGAAACUAAGAAUAAUGUUAAUGUCAGGCUAUUAGUUAAUUACUGGAAUUGAAUUAUGGGAAGAAAAGUUACACUAUCUGUCCAGAUUGCCAAUGUGUUAGUUUUAGCAAUAUUUAUAUAGGCAUCCUUUCUAGUCAAUGUAUAUUUAAUUUAUAGAGCCCUACGUAUGUACAGGGAUGUACGUUGUUUCUUGGAACUUGCAGUUUAAUAAUAAACACACCACUAAAAAUG